AUGGCUCAAUCUCGCAUGUUGAUCAAUAAAUUCUCGGCGCGGUCCAUUUCAUCACCUAGGAGACUUUACGUUAAUUCACACCUUUCAAAGAGAUCAUUAAGAACUACAGUCACAAAUAAUUUUUAUCCUACGACUUCACAGAAUCAAGAACAUUCACAACAUCGCGUUUCACCAAAUCCACCAAUAGGUCCAAAAGAUGAACAUCCAUUUACAACGGGUCCGACAAGAGAGAAACCUCACACGGAAGGUCAUACGGUUAACAAAGCAAAGGAGGCACCCUUGAGUGAUAAUUUACAAAAGGAUUCAUCUCAAAGUGUAGUGGGGAAAUUUAAAGAUGCCUUUAAUCAAUUUGUGUCACCCGGUGCUGCGGACGUACAAUCCGAAAAUGCCGCUAAAGGAUUACGAGAACAUAAUCAAUCGAGUAAUGAAACCAAAGAAACGAUCGGUAGUGUAAAAGAAACAGUUGAUAACUUGCAAGAAAAAGCAAAAGAAAGUUAUGAAACUGCCAAGGAAACCGCGAAGAGAGCUUUUGAUUCCGUUAAAAAUGACACCAAGCAAGUCCUACAAUCAACCAAAGAUAUGUUACAAAAUACGACUAAAGAUUAUCAAGAAAAAGGACGAGAGACAUGGCAGAGUGCUCAAGAGAAGGGUGAAGGGUUAAAAGAGUCAGGAAUCGCAUUCGCUCAAGAAAAAAUGAAGAGUUUUCAAGAGAAAGGACAGGAUAUAAAAGAAAAAAGUCAAGAAACCAUGAAAAGUGCUCGAGAGAAAGGACAGGAUAUAAAAGAAAAUAGUCAAGAAACCUUGAAAAGUGCUCAAGAGAAAGGAAAAGGGUUGAAAGGGUCAAGUCAAGAGUUAUUAAAUUCGUUAAAAGGAAAAGGUCAAGAUGUAUUAAAGAAAACUCAAGAAACUGGACAGGGAACCGUGAAAAAUCUACAAGAUCAAGCCAAGUCUGGAGUUAAUAAAUUGAACGUGAACAUGGGUGAUACCAAUGAAAAUAUUAGUCAAGGAUCCGAAAAACGAGAAGCAAAAGAAGAUUUAGCGAACGUUAAACCAUUAGAUAGGCAUCCUAGUGGACCUGUAAAAGAAGUUAAAGAACUUGCACAAGAUAUUAAAAAAGAUAUUGAAUAA